GAUGUAGAUGAUGAUGAUGAUGUUGAUGAUUAUGUUGAUGAUGAUGUUGAUGAUGAUGAUUUUGAUGAUGACGUUCAUAAUGAUGAUGAUGAUGAUGAUGAUGAUGACGAUGAUGAUGAUGUUGAUGUUGAGAACGAUGUUGAAGAUGCUGGUGAUGGUGAAUAUGAUGAUGAUGACGAUGAUGAUGAUGGUGAUGAUGAUGACGAUGCUGAUGAUGAUGGUGAUGAUGAUGCUGAUGAUGAUGAUGAUGCUGUUGACGGCGAUUAUGAUGAUGAUGACGAUUUUGAUGAUGAUGUUGACGAUCAUGAUGGUAAUGAUGAUGAUGUUGAUGCUAAUGAUUAUGGUAAUGUUGAAGAUGAUGGUGAUGAUGAUGAUGAUGAUGAUGACGAUGAGGAUGAGGAUGAUGAUGAUGAUGAUGAUGCUGAUGAUGACGAUGAUGAUGAUGAUGGUGAAGAUGAUGAUCAUGCUGCUCAGUAUGAUGUUGAUGAUGAUGGUGAUAAUGUAUACGAUGCUGAAUAUGAUGAUGACGAUGCUGAUGAUGAUGAUGAUGACGAUGAUCAUGUUGAUGAGUUUCGUGAUGAUGAUGAUGUUGAUGAUGAUGUUGAUGAUGCUGAUCAUGGUGAUUAUGUUGAUGAUGACCAUGAUGAUGAUGAUGAUGAUGAUGACGAUGAGGAUGAGGAUGAUGAUGAUGAUGAUGACGAUGAUGAUGAUGAUGACGAUGAUGAUGAUUAUGAUGAUGAUGAUGAUGAUGAUGAUGAGAAUGAUGAUGAUGAUUAUGAUGAUGAUGAUGAUGAUGAUGACGUUGACGAAUUUGAUGAUGAUGUUGAUGAUGAUGAUGAUGAUGAUGAUGAACAUGCUGCGGAGGAUGAUGUUGAUGACGACGGUGAUGAUGAUGAUGAUUAUGAAGAAAAUGAUGAUGAUGCUGAUGCUGAUGAUGAUCUUCAUGACGCUGUUGAUGAUGCUGAUGAUGGUGCAUAUGAUGAUGAUCACGAUGAUGAUGAUGAUGAUGUUGAUGAUGCUGAUGAUGGUGAUUAUGAUGAUGAUGAUGGACAUGCUGCUGAGGAAUAUGUUGAUGACGAUGAUGGUGCAGAUGUUGAUGAUAUUCAUGAUGAUGAUGAUGAUGAUGAUGUGAAUGAUGAUGAUCAAUAUGACGAUGAUGAUGUUAAUGAUGAUGAUGUUGAUGAUUAUGUUGAUGAUGAUGUGGAUGAUGAUGAUGUUGAUGAUGAUGUUGUAAAUGCUGAUGAUGUUGAUGACUAUGGUGAUGAUGAAGAUGAUGAUGAUGAUGAUGAUGAUGAAGAUGACGAUGAUGAUGAUGAUGAUGAUGAUGAUGAUGGUAAUGAUGGUGAUGAUGAUGCUGAUGAUUAUGGUGAUGACGAAGAUGAUGGUGAUGAUGAUGAUUAUGAUGUUGAUGUUUAUCGUGAUGACGAUGAUGAUGAUGAUGAUGGUGAUGAUGAUUUACAUAAUGAUGAUGCUCUUGAUGCUGAGGAUGAUGUUGAUGAUGAUGGUGAUGAUGAUCAUGAUCAUGAUGAUGAUGAAGAUGCUGAUGAUGUUGAUGAUGAUGAUGUUGAUGAUCAUUUUGAUGAUGGUUUUAAUGAUGUUGAUGAUGAUGAUGAUGAUGCUGAUGAUGAUGAUGAUGAUGAUGAUGAUGAUGAUAAUGAUUGUGAUCAUGCUGCUGAGGAUCAAUUAGAUGAUGAUGGUGAUGUUGAUGAUGAUGAUGAAUACGACGAUGAUGUUGACGAAUAUGAUGAUGAUGGUGAUGAUGAUGAUUAUGAUGAUGAUGACCAUGAUGAUGAUAAUGAUGAACAUGCUGCGGUGGAUGAUGUUGAUGAUGAUGAUGGUGAUGAUGAUUUUAAUGAUGAAGAUGAUGAUGAUGAUGAUGAUUAUGAUGAUGAUGACGAUGAUGAUGUUGAUGUUGAGGAUGCUGAAGACUGUGAUUAUGAUGAUGAUGACCAUGAUGAUGAUGAUGAUGAUGAUGAUGAUGAUGAUGAUCAUGCUGAUGAUGAUGAUGAUAGUGAUGAUGAUGUUCAUGAUGAUGAUGAUGUCGAUGAUGGUGAUGAUAAUGAUGAUGAUGAUGAUGAUGAUGAUGAUGAUGAGGAUGAUGAUGAUGAUAUGGAUGAUGAUGACGAUGAUGAUGAUGAUGGUGAUGUUGAUUGUGAUGAUGAUGAUGAUGGUGAUGAUGGUGAUGAUAUUGAUGAUGAUGAUUAUGAUCAUGGUGCUGAUGCUGAUCUUGAUAAUGAUGAUGAUAUUUAUGAAGAUGUUGCUGCGGGAGAUAAUGAUGAUAAUGUUGAUGAUGGUGAUAAUGCUACUGCUGCUGGUGCUGAUGAUGAUGAUGAUGAAGAUGAUGAUGACGUUGAUGUUGAUGAUGAUUAUGAUGGCGAUGUUGAUGAUGAUGAUGCUGCUGCUGCUGCUGAUGAUGAUGAUGAUGAUGAUGCUGAUGAUUUUGAUGUUGAGUGUGAUUCGGUUGAUGAUGAUUUUGACUUACUUUCUUUUUCUUUUUAA